AUGGACGUAGCAGAUCUUAUUAAAGAAGAGCAUAGUUAUGCUUCAUUUCAUCCUAGGGAGGAAAGAUUGAAAGUUGAUGAACAUUUAAUCGACAAGGAACUCCCUGUUGUUGCUGAUCAGCCAGAAGAAUCUGACAAAGCUUUGAAUAUUGCAAGUGAGAAUAUUUUGCAAAAUGCAAAAAAUAAAAGUGAUCUAUUUGUUACAACUAUUGUUGAUCAUCCAAAUAUAGAAAAGAAUCAAGAUGAAGAAACACCUUUAAAUAUUUUUAACAAUAUAGCUGAAGAUAGCAACGAUUUAAUUACUGAAAAAAUUAUUGGGUAUUCAAAACAUAGUCCAGUUGGGACUAAGCCAAGCAUUAAUAUGAGGCAUCUUAUCAAUAUAAAGACUAUAAAGGCAUCUCCAAAGGUUGUUGAAUUAGAGAAAUCUGUUUUGAAAGUUAGUGAAACUGAUAAUAAUGUUAUGAAUGAGGUCAUACAGAUUGCUUCUGAAGAGAACAAUAAAGUGCCAGCAAAUAUUAUUGAGCAAGGAUCUGAUCAAGCUCUAAAUGACUCUCAAAAUGAGAACAUUUUUGGUGUUUUGAAAAGUACUACUAAAAGCAAUAAGAUAUCUACUAAAGCUUGUGAUCCUGACAAACCUGGUCAAGGCUUCAUUGUUAACCACAAUGAGAUUGGUUUGAAAGAUACCAGCAAUAACCCACAAGUUGACCAAGUUCAUUCAACAGCCAGAUCUAGUGAGCUCUGUAAAUGUGGGGGGAACAUCUUCAAAACUGAUGUUAUUUCAUUUAAAGUAUCUAAUCAAGGUAUUGAAAGAGUGGUGUGUGAUAAAACCAAAACCAAAAGUCUUCCUUCUUACACUACUAUUUCUUCUUGCAGUUGCCCUGUUGUUCCAGGAGCAGAAAAUGUCCAUAUUAAUAGAGAAGAUAAAGAAACAGAAGAACUGGGCAGGUCUGAUAAAAGUGAAAAUAAAAAAGAUGAAGUAGGGAUCAGAAUUAAAAAAAAAGUUGAUUACUUUAUUAAUGAAGUUGAAUCAUCAAUCAAAAAUGUGACACUAAAGCAAAAUGAAAAAGAAGUCAAAGUUAUUAGAACUGGUUCAUAUCAGUUAGAAACUACCCCUAGGAGAGAAGCAAUGAAAUCUGUUUGUAAGGAAAAUAGUGAAGAAAGAAAACAUUUCAAGAAGAUGGUAAUAAAAAGUAAAAGUAAAAUCAUUCCUGGUUUUAAAAUAACAGUUUCUGAGGAUGGGAAGCCAUGUAUUGAAAGGUUUGUACUUGAGCUACCGAACCAGGAACAAGGAAGUGUUAAAACAGAUAAGGAGCAUUUUCGAAAAUUUUCUGGUUGUGAAGAAGUAGCUUGCUUGGGAAAAGGAAUUCAAAUCAUGAAACUAAAGAACCUAAAUCAGAAAAUAUUUUCUAACCUAACUGAAAUCUGCAAUGAGAGUGCAAAAAACACUUCUGAGUCAUGUUCUGCUGGUACUGACAAUCGUAAAAAUGUAUUCAGCAAACGAAAUGACAUAGAUGCAGAAGUCACUACGUUGAUGAGCUCUUUGCUUUUUCAUGCUACAAAAAAUUGUCCUGCUGGUACUGACAGUCGUAAAAAAGUGUUCUGCGAAGAUGAAAAAAUAGAUACAGACAUCACUAAGUUGAUGAACUUUUUGCUUUCUCAGUACAUAAGUGGUAAAAAACUAGACACAACUUUUGCUGCUGACAAAGCUAUAAUAACAGAAAUAGAAUCUGAUGAAAAAAGGCAGGAGAUUAAUACAAUUUCACAGACUGAUAACAUGAAUAAUGUUGACUGUAACAGAAAUGAAAAACAAAUGAACAAAGAAACCAGUAAUGAUAUUACUUCUACAAACUCGGUUAAUUUUGAAUUUGUAAAAGACAAGAAAAAUCAUAUCCAUGAAACAUCAGAUUUAAACACAGCUAUAGUAAAAGAAAAAGAUUUAGAAAUAGAAUCUGAUGAAAAAGAGCAGGAGAUUAAUACAAUUUCACAGACUGAUAACAUGAAUAAUGUUGACUGUAACAGAAAUAGAAAACAAUUGAACAAAGAAACCAGUAAUGAUAUUUCUUCUACAAACUCUGUUAAUUUUGAAUUUGUAAAAGACAAGAAAAAUCAUAUCCAUGAAACAUCAGAUUUAAACACAGCUAUAGUAAAAGAAAAAGAUUUAGAAAUAGAAUCUGAUGAAAAAGAGCAGGAGAUUAAUACAAUUUCACAGACUGAUAACAUGAAUAAUGUUGACUGUAAGAAAAAUGAAAAACAAAUGAACAAAGAAACCAGUAAUGAUAUUACUUCUACAAACUCAGUUAAUUUUGAAUUUGUAAAAGACAAGAAAAAUCAUAUCCAUGAACCAUCAGAUUUAAACACAGCUCUAGUAAAAGAAAAAGAUUUAGAAAUAGAAUCUGAUGAGAAAGAGCAGGAGAUUAAUACAAUUUCGCAGACUGAUAACAUGAAUAAUGUUGACUGUAACAGAAAUGAAAAACAAUUGAACAAAGAAAUCAGUAAUGAUAUUUCUUCUACAAACUUGGUUAAUUUUGAAUUUGUAAAAGACAAGAAAAAUCAUAUCCAUGAAACAUCAGAUUUAAACACAGCUAUAGUAAAAGAAAAAGAUUUAGAAAUAGAAUCUGAUGAAAAAGAGCAGGAGAUUAAUACAAUUUCACAGACUGAUAACAUGAAUAAUGUUGACUGUAACAAAAAUGAACAACAAAUAAACAAAGAAACCAGUAAUGAUAUUACUUCUACAAACUUGGUUAAUUUUGAAUUUGUAACAGACAAGAAAAAUCAUAUCCAUGAAACAUCAGAUUUAAACACAGCUAUAGUAAAAGAAAAAGAUUUAGAAAUAGAUUCUGAUGAAAAAGAGCAGGAGAUUAAUACAAUUUCUCAGACUGAUAACAUGAAUAAUGUUGACUGUAACAAAAAUGAAAAACAAAUGAACAAAGAAACCAGUAAUGAUAUUUCUUCCACAAACUCUGUUAAUUUUGAAUUUGUAAAAGACAAGAAAAAUCAUAUCCAUGAAACAUCAGAUUUAAACACAGCAAUUCUUAAAGUAUGCGAAAAAAAGGGGAAUGAUGAAAGUUCAGAUAUUGAGUGCACUAUGUUGGAAGUUGAAGAAAGCAAUAAGCCCAAUCUUUCCAGUCCAAAUCCAACGUCAAAAAGUUUGGGAGAAGAACCCGAGCAGAAAGCUCUUUCAGAUAAACAGGAUGGUUUGAUAAAACUAAAAGAGAAAUCAUCGAGUGACACAAUGGAGUAUGAAAAACAAGAGAGCAGUAAAUCCUUCAAUGUUUGUUCAGAUGUCAAAAAAUUGUCAAUUUUCAAACAUCAGGAGCUUGAAGAAAGUGAGGAGAAAAAUUCUGAUGCAACAUCUUCUGCUGUUGAAAUAUCCUCUGAUAGUGAAAUUGAAUGCAUAUAUGAUGAGCUUCAAAAUAACAAGGAGUCUUGUACUAAUGACAAACCUUGUUUUGAUAGUAUGGAAACUCAUAAAUUUCUGAAUAACGUUUGCACAAGCAAAAUGGGGGAUGAACUGCAACUGAAUGAAAUGCCAGAAAGUUUGAAAGUUAACUAUGGUAACAAUUUUUCGGAUGAAUUAAAGUUCUGGAACGAAAAUAUUGUAAGAGAGACUGUAUCUGUUCAGCAUGAACCAGAAAAAAAUGUUUCAAAUAAUGAAGGAAAACAUGAAAAUGAUCAACAGGUCUUAUUUGGCAUCACUAAUCUGUGCUCCUCUAAUGAUGGAGAAAGCAAAAGUAAUGAAGAAAAACUUGCACAAGUCCAACAAAUUACCACUGAAAAACAUCUGUCUUCUUCGACUGAGAGGAUUAUGUCACUUCAAACAAAAGAAAUCGAAUGCAUAACUUUAGAUGAUGAUCCAGAAAAUGGUGAAUUUAAUGAUAAUAGCGAAAGUUUAGCUGACGUUAAUAAAGCAGUAACAAACAUUUGCAACCUUGAUAAAGAAAAGCUUAGAGAUAUGGAAAAUUAUAAGUAUAAUUCUUCCGAGGGAGUUCAAAUCCCUAAUAAAAAGGUUCCUUGUUAUGAUGAAGAGUUCUUUCAUGGUACUCAAACCAAAGAGAAAAAUAAAAUUAACAAUGCUCAUACUGAAUUUGAUAAUCAUGUAAUGCAUAACACUGCAGAUUUUAAAGUGGAUGAAUAUUCUCUUGUAGAGAACAGCAAAAUGACAUUUAUAGAGUCUAAUGAAGUAAACAGAAAAAGUGAAAAAUCUUCAGAUAAAAUAAAUGUUCUGGAAAAACUUGGUACAGUGUGUAUCACUUUGGAUGAUGCCGAUGAACCUGAUUCUAAUAGUGAAAUCCAUUGCAUAAUUAAUAAAAGUGUGGACAAUGAACUCAAUGCUUCACAUAAUCUUGGAAGAAUUACACAAUACAGUAAAACUGAUCCCAGAAACCAAAUUCACCUAAAUGUUUGUCACUCUAAAUCUUCUGAUGAGACUGAAACCAGUAAUACCGAUAUAAUAGCAGAUUUUAUUGCUUCACAAGAUGUGAAGGGAAGAAAAGAACUUGACCUUUCUGACAUGAAGCUUAACAAUGAAGAGCCCACAGAAAGUCAUACUCUGAAUAUGAAAAGCUUGGAAAAUAUUAUCAUUGAUGAGCAGCAAAAUUUUUCAAAUAAGAAAAGGCUUAGUUCUGAGAAAGAAAACAUAGUGGGUAUGAUUGUCCAAGUAAGCAAUGAUGUAUCUAAAGAAGAUUGUAGUUUGAAUGAAAGGUUAACUGAAAAUGUUCUCCAUAGUAAAGAAAAUAACUUUAAAGACGUUCAGACAAUAAAAGAAAUGGUAGAAGAAAUACAAGCAACGGUAGAACAGGAAAUAAUUGAACAAGAAAGAAAGAGUGAGUAUAAUGGUAAUGUGAAUGCAGAUUCAAAAUCUAUAGACAAAAAUCUAAAUGAUGAUUGCAUUGAAAGUACUUGUAACUACAUAAUCUCUUAUGUAACAAACAAAGUCAAUCUUGAGGUAAACAACAGUAAGGAGAUGAAGAAUGUAAAAACGAAUGUUUGUGUGAGUAAUCUUAAAGAAAUUGCCUUGGAAUCUUCUAUCCAAGAGCCUAGUAAAGAAAGUGCACAACAUUGCAUGUGGAAAAAUAUGGGUUGUAAAAUAAGUGGAACGACAGAGGAACAGCAGAAAGUGCUUGAUGUUGAACAUGUGAAAACAGUUCAUAAUCAAGACUCAUUAUUAAUUAACUGUAAGAACAUGAAACAAGCAUGUAUCCAGAUAAAAAAACUGACUAAUAAAGAUAUUGCUGCUUAUCCGUGUGCUGCUGAGCAUCUUGCAGAGGUUAUAGAUGAAGUGUCUCAAAACAAUAAUGAAGAAAACAAGAGCUCAAUCAGCUCCAUAAGUGAAAAUCAAAGAUGUUUACGUGUAAGAAAAUCAGAGACAAAAGUUGUGAAAAGGGAUAAAAAGAACAAAUGUUCAAAGAAAACCAGUUUCAGAACAAAAUUUUUGAACACUGUAGAAACUGACUUACACAGCACUGAAACUGUUCUAAAAGGUGGGGAUGACAUUAUUCAUCAAUGCAACGUAACCAUAGAAGAAUCAUGUGAGACUAUUCCUGAUGCAAAUGAAGAGCCUGAAAACAUUAUAAAGCAUCUUGAAGAAUCGCCCAAUAAAUCUAAUAAUCUGCUCUCUGAGGAAAAUCUAGAAGAAUCACCUAGUAAAUCUAGGAAUCUACAUACAAAACGGCAAAAUACUUUCAUUGAUGGUCACACACCUGAUCAAACUAAAAGUCUUGUAAGCAAAUCAAGGGAAAUCACACAAAUAAUUAACUCUGAAAUAGGAGAAAGAAAAAAAAAUACAGAACAGAGAAUCAAAAAAUCUAAAAAGGGCAAUAAAAAUAUCCAUAGCUUUGUGGAGAGAAAAGCUACUACUUCAAAAAAAAGAACUUUAAGUGUUGAUGAAAGUAAGAACAGUGUCAAAAAUGUUGCUCAUUCUGAGGGAAGUUCUCCCAUAGGUAAGAAGAGAGCUAUUUCAUUAUCUGAUGGAAAAGAUAAAAUGGAUAUAAUAAACAUCUGUAAGAAAAAGCUGAAAACAUCUUUCAGUUCAACUGAUACUUUUCAAGAAAAUAAAGCAUCUGCUGCUGUAUGCAAAGUUCCUGUUAAACGCAAAAAGCAUGGUAAAGAUAGUCAGCGUUUUGCCUUGCUUGAAGCUGAACCUGCAUUAUUUAGUCAGCCUGAUAUUAUGGUGAAGGUUGACAGUUCUCGAAAUAAAGAAAAAAAGCCAAAAACUGAUUUAAUUGUCAACGUUCCUACUUCAUCAUCAGAAAAGAGGAAGUUUACAAAAAAUCAGAAUUCUUUACCUGAUUUAAUUUCAUUUAGCAAUUUGAAGAAAUAUGUAAACAAUGAAUCAAAAACAUUUAAGGAUAAUGUGGACUCGGAAAAUUCUAACAAAACCCCCCGUAUAGAUCAAAUUCAUGUAGAUGGGAAGUCUGAUCAUGUGUGUCAUGAGCAUUCUUCUUUAAAAGCCUGCUACAUACUUGCAAAAGAGGACGAAAAAUAUCUUGGAAAAGAAAAAAAUUGUGUAAGUCCUAUUACUGAUUCUCCAUCAGCUUUAAAAAAUCAAAUACUGUUGCUUUCUGAAGAUGAAACUGAAAAUGCAACUGAAAGCAUCAUGGAAAGCCCUAAUUCUGCUUUUGAUAUUUCUAAGUCUAAUUUAAAGUUCAGUGACCUGAAUAUGGAGAGUAAUAUUGAAGCUUUUUCAUCAGCACCUUCCACCAUUGAAGAAAAUCAGUCACAAGGAAGAAAGUCAAUACGUCUACUUAAAAAAAAAAAUCAGAGUUUCUGUGCAUCUGAAAAUACUGAGAAGAAGGUGCUUACAAAGAAAGAGUCUGAGAAUUCACCCAAAGGUGAUGGCAAUAAAAAGCGAAAAAGAAGAAAUUCUGAUUCGGAAGAGGAAGAUCCAGAUAAGUUAUGGUGCAUUUGUCGUAAGCCACACAAUAACAGAUUCAUGAUACAAUGUGACAGUUGCAAAGAAUGGUAUCAUGGAUCUUGUGUAGGUAUUAAUCGAAGUCUUGGACUGCGUCUUGAAAAAGAGAAAAAGGAAUGGAGAUGUCCAGUUUGCAGUCAGAGAAUGGCUGAUUUGGAAGAAAUGAACUGCAAUGAAAGUGAACCAGUCAUUUUAGAAAACAAGAACGAAGACAACCAACCUAUUGAAAGUAUUGAAGAGUGUAUUCUUGAUUCAGUUCCUUUUCCAACUCCACAUUUGAAGUCACAAACUGUUUCUCUGAUGGGUCAUUCCAUUCCACAAGGUAUUCCUGGAAAAAAUACUGACUCUACCUAUUCUGUUGUGGAGAAAUCUACCAAUGAAGCGGAAAUACAGGCAUAUAGUAAUGACUGUAAAAACCUUGUAAAAACUUCAUCUGAUGUUAAUAGAAUAAACUCAAAUAAGUGUGAGCUGAAAACCAGUUUGAAAAGCCAACCAUCUAUGUCGAAAAGCCAACAAUCCACGUCAAAAAGCCAACCAUCAACGUCAAAAAGCCAACCAUCAACGUCAAAAAGCCAACCAUCAACGUCAAAAAACCAACCAUCAACGUCGGAAAACCAACCAUCAACUUCUGCUGCAAUGGUAGAAAAGGAUGUAAAAACUGCUAGUCUGAAUGAAGCAAGUUCCGCUUCCAAGAUGGUCGAUAAGGCAUCCAAAAAUAAAGCUGCCAUAAAACCUUCCAAGAGGUGCAUGGCUUGUUCUAAUCCUGCUCUUCGACAUUCUUGCUAUUGCUGUGAUGAAUGCAUUGAAAAUCAUGUUGCAUAUGUAAUAGAGGCUUUGCGAACAACUAAAGGACUGAAAGGGUUGGAACUGGACAAUCACAAGUUGAUUUUAUACGAACGCUCGAAAGGUCACGUCGUUGCCGGAGAAAAGGCCCCCUCUGUUAGGGAAGCUGCAAAAUGGUUGAAAUCACAUAAGAAUUAUGCAAUAGCAUGUAAAAACUACUCAAUUAAUGUGAGAAAAGAGUCUGCUGUUUCAAAAAAAGAUGCUGAAUCAGUUGAAAGUAAGAAAUCCUGUCCUAAACUAGUAGAACCUAGAAUUAGAUCCAGUGUACGAAGGUCAUUGAAGAACACAUUAGUAGAUAGGUGCGAAAAGUCAGAUGAUUUUAAAAGAUCAGAAGAUUUUGUUCAUAAAAGAGCUAUGAAAAUAGAAAGUGAGCUCUAUGCAAUAUUAAAAGAGGAUCAGUCCAAAUAUUGUACUAAAUACAGAAGUUUGCUUUAUAACAUUGGGGAUCUGAAGAAUCACGGCCUGUUUCGUAGAGUUUUAGAAGAAAUUCCUCCAGAAGAUCUAGUAAGAAUGUCUGCUGCACAGCUAGCUUCUGAAGAAUUGGCUCAGUGGAGGGAAAAAGAAGCUCAGCAUUGUUUAGAUAUAAUUAAAAGAGUGAAUUUGGAGCAGCAAAAAUUUGGAAGUAGCUCUGUUUUGAAGAAAACACAUAAGGGAGAAGUAGAGAUUGAAGAUGAUUUAAUUAGUAUUGAUGAAGGCAUCCCAAAAAUGGAAGAAAAAAUCUGUCGAGAUGAAAGUCUGAAAAAUGAAUCUCUGGAAAAGCCAAAAGCAAAGGAUACUACCCAAGAUCAUAGAAGCCAUCUAUUCUGUCAAAAUUGUAGAAUUUGCUUAGGUAUUGAACAGCCACCUGCACUCAAUAAAGGGACUUCUAAAACAGUGCGUGUUGCACAUACAAUAACCUUAGAUUCAACUCCCCCUGCUACUUCUUCAAAAUCUUCAGUAAAGACUUCUUCAAAAAUAGCAGUGCCAAAGUCUAGUGUGUUGAAGUGUAAGGAGGAUUCUAAAGAUCAAGGACCUAUAUCAACACUUACGAUAGAAUCUCAACAAACUCACAGCAUGACUAAAAAGACAAAAGUUGUUUCUUCUGUUUGGAAAGGUUUUAUUCGCAUGCUAGAUGUUGCUAAGUUUCUUACUACUGCUUACAAAGUUUCAGGCAACACUGUUCAUCUUCAAGAGGAUAUUCCAGACAUCAUUGAGGUAUGUGGUAGAAUAAGUCCAGAUCAAGUAUGGGAAUAUCUGAGUAAGAUAAAGCAGGCUGGAAAUAAGGAACUUGUAGUUAUUAGAUUCAAGCCUGCUAAUGAAGAAGAAUUUGCAACAUAUGAUUCAUUUUAUAAGUACUUAAGCUCAAGAAAGCGUUUUGGGGUUUCCAGUAGUUAUUCUAAGAGAAUAAAAGACUUCUACAUUUUACCUUUAGCUGCCACUCGUCCUGUACCAAAUGUUUUGUUGCCAUUUGAUGGGCCAGGUUUGCCUUCAAAUAAACCCAAUCUAUUAUUGGGAGUCAUUGUAAAACACAAAGUGAAGCAAAGCAUUUCAACUUCAAAAGUCUCAAAAUCAGAUUAUAGGAAGCAAGUUGAUUGCUAUACACCACCUCCAGUAAAUAGAUCAUAUACGCCACCAUUACCAAGUUCCAAUGAGGUUUAUACAAAAAAAGAUUCUCCUGCUUAUGGGAAUGUGUCUUCCUCCCAUGUAACUGUUGAAGAUGAAUGUCCUUUUGAUAGUCAAAUGAGCAGCAGUAAUAUAAGUGCUUCUACAUGUGAGCCGUCAUACACACCCCCUCUGAAACAAUUUGUUUCAAAACUAUUAGAUGACGAGAAACCAUAUGACCCAGGUCAAGACAUUUUGAACUUAGUUCCUGAAAAAAGAGAAGCGGAUACAAAUCUUGAUAGUUUAGUUAAUUCAGACAACUCAGAAGAUUUAGAAAAAAUCAACUCACUUAAACGAGACUGUAUUGAAAUUAUUGAAAACAUAAAAUCUUAUCAAAAAUUGGCAAGUCACAAAUCCGAUACUGAAGGCCUCUCUCCAUCUGCAGAGACUUUAGAUAUAAGUUCUGUAACUCAGUCAGAGAUGACUAGUUUCUUAAACAUGUCUGCUGAUUUCCCAGAACUCAUAAGUGAUGCUCUUAAGCCUAGUAAUGCAGAAACCAAAGAAAUAAAGGACGAUCUACAAAUUAAUGACUUAUUCAGUGGAAGACUUAAUAAUGUGCUUGAUACCAGCUCAGAAUCUUCUUCAAAACAAACUCCAGACAAAACCCACCAAGAAAAAUCUGAUUUUGAAGAAAAGUGUAACUCACAAGGAGCCACACCUCCAGCUGAUGAUGAUGAAGUAGCAGCUAUUGAUAAAAGUUCUGAUCCUCGAAUAAAGCUGAGAACUUAUUUUGAUGAUGGGAGUUUUUCUUCUGAGUCGAAUAAUGUGUCCCUUAGCCACAUGUCAGCAUCUGACUUGCUAGAGUGUGCUCAGAAACAAUUGUCAGAAACAAAUGAUUCAACACUCAUUUUUUCUCAAAAAGAAGUGUCAUCGCAAGAUUUAGAGGACGUUAAUUCAUUUUUUUCAGAGGAUGACUAUUUUGCAAAUACCUGGAAUAAUCAAGAGCCACCACCUCCAGGCCUUGAAACUAAAAGUUCAUCAUUGAAUGAUAAUGCUUAUAUGGAAGACUUUACACAAACACAAAUAUCUAAUAAUUCUGUGCAAUCAAACUACAACAUGCUUGAUUUGACUCUAGAAACUGAAUUAAAAAAGUUUCCGUUAUCUCCAAUGCUCCCAGAGGUACCUCCACCGCUGCCAUCAUCAUACCAAACAUACAUACCACAAGGAUUUAAUGUUCAAACUCCACCACCGAAUUUUAAAAACUUUCCCCCUCCAAUCUGUACAUCUUUCCCACGACCACCUCCACCACCACCACCACUGAUACCUCCUAUGCUCGUAAGUCCUCUACCUGAACAAUCCCAAAGUCAUUUCAUUGAAGAAUCAUGGUCAUCUUGGCAGGUUUCUGGACCACUAAAUCAAGAUGUAAAUUGGCAUGACCAAGUGAAUUAUGACUGGGAGCAUCGAUUUGAAAGUGGUUAUUCUAAUACCAGUUUGCAAUCUUGUAAUUCUGAAAGAUCUGAGCAACAUGCUGAUGAACAUUCAUAUAAUGCUCAAACCUUUAGUGAUAACAAUUGGAAUAUGCAGCCUCCAAGAAUGAAUAGAGGCAAUUGGCAGAAAUACCCAUCUCGUGGAAAUAGAUGGGAAAGUCAAAAGCAAGGAAGACAUGCGUUUCCUUAUCAUAAAAACUUUAUGAAAUGA